AUUGAAAAUCUUUGGCUGAGUUAUAGUGUUUGCCUCUUUGGUUUGUUUGUGUGGGUAUUGUCAUGGCGAUGCCGGAGCCGCCUGUCAAGCCCCCUAGGGGCGUAAAAUAUGCUAAAGAAACGAGUGGGUUAUUGAUGUCAGUGAUACGGACUCUGUCUGCAAGUGAAUCAAAUGAACAGCGAGACAGAGAAAAGGGUAAAUUGGAAAGAGAAUACAAGAAAAGUGACCAAAGAUUGGAUGAACUUGUCUCAUUACAUGAUCAAGAUCUUACACGUGUUAUGCAGCUGUUUGGAAAGCUCUCUACCCGAGUGCAAUUGUCACGAGAAAAAAUUCAUGCUGUUAAAGAAAACUUACAUGCUUGCAAAAUGCUCCUCCGGUGCCGGAGGGAGGAACUGAAAAAAUUGUGGCUUGAAGGAGUUGAGCAUAAACAUGUUCUCGAACUCUUAGAACAAAUUGAUCAGCUUCGGGAGGUUCCUUCAAAGCUGGAAAUGCAUUUGUCAAAGAAACAUUACCUGCAUGCAACCAGGCUUUUGGUUUCUGCCCUUUCUAUGGGAGAAGGUGACUUGGAAGGUGUUGAGGCUCUUCGUGAAGUCAGGAUGGAACUACAGGCCAAGAAGGAGAUACUCCACACGAAACUUACCGAGGAGCUGAGCCAGCAGCUGUACACACACCGUAAGCUUCAGGAGAACAUCCCUCUGCGUCGCCAGGGGUCUGGACGUGACAACUUGCUGUCGGGUUCACUUUCACCAUUUCAACGGGGUUCUGAACUUCGUGCUUCCACGAAGAGUUCCAGACACUUGUUAGAUCCUGGUACUAACAUCAGUCAGGGAAGCAGAGCUAGUCCGGGACCGAUGCAACUAAAAAAUGAGGACUUAAUGAAUAUCAAGGAAGAUACAGAUUUAGAAGAUCCAGAAGCUAGCUCUGAGCACUUCAUGGCAAUUUUGGUAGAAUGUUUAGCCUUGCUGCAUAAGCUGCCAGAUGCUAUUGAGGCUGUAAAGACAAAUAUGCAGAGUGAACUGCUGGCAGUUAUCUCACGGGUAACUCAACAGGUGCAAGACCAUUCUUCAUCAAAUGCCCCACUCCAGCUGCCUACUUCCAACAUUCCUGUGCUGACCUCUGUACCAUCAACUGGUCCUGCAUUUCUGCUGGAGCUGUUCAGUUCUGUAUUUGUGCAGCUGAGAUGUAUCACAAGUGCUCAUGCUUCAUUAUUACACAUUUUUUCUUGCAUUGCUGAAAAACAUCACGUUGAUGUCCAUCUGUAUGAAAUGGCUGAUGUCUGGUCAAAAAUACAGGCUGUUCUGCAGUUGCUCCUUACAGAUUACUUAGACAUUCAGAACACAAGCGGAGAGCCCCAGCAGGCUCCCUCAUUUUCAGAAUCAGCAAGUGACAUGUCUGUCUUCUUCACAAGAAAGAAACCUUCCAGACAGAAAAAGAGUCCUUUGUUUAAAUUUGACUAUUCAUCUCAUGCUCUAACCAUGAACAGCUAUUUAAAGGACCAGUGGAAGAGUGAUAGAGUUAUGAAGGACUAUGAAGAUCCAGUGCACCCUAAAAAGCCUAAGCAACUGGUAUGUCUACCAGAUCCUCAGAAUAUCAUAUACAUCUUCAUUCCACUGAUGAAAUUCAUUGAAGAAACUGAAAAAGAAAUUGGGUGUAUCUCAAACAGUCACUGUACACUGAAGGCAUUUUUGGCUGAUUAUGUGAAGGAAGUCUUCUUGGGACGUCAUCAUGUGACAGUUGCAGGGAAGAUAGAAUUUGCAACCAAAGCACAAGAUGCCUGGAGAGCCAUGACAAAUCCAGAUACAGUCAAGAACUUAAGGCUACCCAGGCCGUUAUUACAGAGUACUGUGAUAGUUGAGCAAUGUGUUCAGGAGCUUCGUGGUCUGAUGCAGUCACUUCCAGUAUACUCAGAGCAUUUUCUAGCCAUAAUAUGCAAUAUUGUGCGUGGGUAUCGAGAAACUUGUCAGGCUGCUUAUCGUGGCAUUGUGCAACCUGAUUCUGAGGAUAAACGAAUUUGUAGUGCUGCCUGGUUACGCGAUGAAGACAUUAGCCGUUUUAUCAAGUCCCUACCAAACUGGGUGGACCUCCAAGCAUCAAAGAAGGAAAGCCCUAUAGGAGCUGUAACAGUGGAGGAAGAGAGUCCAGAGGAAGUACGGCAGCGUAACAUGAGGGAAGCGGAGAUUUUAGCCAGCAACUUGGGAGAAGGUGGAAUCAGUCGUUACGAAAUAUUGUCUGAUGUGGGGCAGCUACGUCGCCUUGCGCAUCUGCAAGAGAGUAUGGAGUGGUUUUCAUCAUCAGUGAUGUCUUUUGCUGAAGAAUUGCUCCAUAGUAGCUCUGUCUCAAACCACUCUGCAACCACCUUGGACCAGUUACCACCAUUACCUGAAUCAUCUGUACAGUGUCUUCUACAAUUGGCUAAAGAAUUUGAAGAAUUGGCUAACACGUGCCUUUUAGUUCUUCAUCUUGAGGUCCGUGUACAAUGCUUCCACUACUUGUUACCACAGGCUGACACAUUCAAUAGAUUUGCAGGGGGUGGAAUGGACUCGCAAGAGCCAGACCCACAAGUUUUUAAACUCAGCCAAGUCCUUAUCAACAUUGAUGAGGCAAUGACAUCCAGCCUUCAGCCACGAAAAAUCAAGUAUAUAUUUGAAGGUUUGGGACACCUGAUUGCAAAAAUCUUGAUCAGCUCUGCACAGUACAUCAGACAGAUUGACGAAGGCGGAAUUCGAAAAAUGUGUCGCAAUAUUUUUGCUUUGCAACAGACUCUCACCAACAUUACAAUGGCCAGAGAGAUAGCAUUGGAUCAUGCAAGACAUUACUUUGAGCUCUUCUAUCUCACUCCAGAGGAAAUACUAAGCAGAGUGAUGGAGAAAGGACCGAGUUUCUCAGAACUGGAAUACAUGAAUGCCUUCCAGUUAAUACAUCGCAGUCAAUCUGAUUCUGAUUAUGGUGCUGUUAACCUUCACCUUAAACGCUUAUCUGACAUUUUAGGAGAAGUGUCUGUAACAGUGUAAAGAUUUGCAAGUGUGCUGUAAUUCAAGUCUCUUGCAAGAUAUUGUGAUCCAAUUUUUAGCACUGUGAAGCUUCAGUGUAUCAUUUUGACUGCUUGUGUCAACUUAAACUGAUAAAUUCCAGGAAUAGAAUGGAACAAGUCUGCCAGAAAAAGUCACCCUUAAUAAAUUACUUUAUUUCUUGUUGCAAUGCCCCCACCCCCUCCUCCACCACACACACACACACACACACGGUUUUCUUUUUUUUAUACUGAGAUGAGGAAGUGACGUGUUACUUUCGCAGUUUACUACCAAAGAGGUAUGUAUUCAACUUAUUGUCAUUUACUUAAUAUCUGCCUUUUUUCUUGGAACUGUCUUUCACACUUUGAGCCUGUCUGAUACAUUUGCAUAUAGUUAUUCCAGUGUGUACAAAAAAAGGAGACUGUAACAACUGAACAAGAAAAGAAUCUGAAAAUGUUGACAGAGAAGUGACAAAAUUACAAAAUAAUGCAGGUGUAAAAUGACUGAUUUGUAUACUCAGGAGUGUAUCAGCAAUAGUAUUUGCUUCAUUCAAUCU